AUGCUGGCUAAAUUUUUCCAAUUCGCAUUUGACGCAGCAUCAUCGCAUUCGAAACGACAAGCCAACUCGACUCGGCACUGCAUAGAACGAGACCGCCCAAGCCCUCGGCUACCCAUCAUGAUCGAUCGCUUGGCAGAAAGCCAUUAUAUUCGUAACCGUGCUCCGCUUCUCCAACGCAUCAGAAGCCGCAGUGGGCCUCGCGCCAGAUGCGAAUUGGAUCUGUUAACACCUGAUUCCGAUAUUGAAGUCAUUGAGGUGCCAGACGACAUGCACAAAGUCCUCUUGAUGUCUACAAGUUCCUGGAGCUUUUCGGGAAAGUCAUCACUUCGUGACAAGAGCUGGAUCCAUGCGAGUUAUCAUGUCAUGCUCUGGUUUGAGGUUCAGAUGGCGUCUCUGAAAGAUGCACUUCCACUGAUGAUUCGAUUCCCACGUGCCACGCUUCGAAUAUCGAGAUGUGGAUGCGAUCCCCACUCUCUCAUUGAUAGCAAAGCUGCAAGUCGGGUUCAGACUUUCGUGUCAUAUCACGACCAUCUCAUCUUCUCGUGAGUAAUUUCCUUCGUUGAGAUUCCUGUUCUCUUGCUCACAGAUGCACGCCAUCUUCAUCAUCCUCCAUCUGUGCUUCCAGCUGCCGUCUCAAUUCUUCGUCAUUCAGUCUCCCACUCGCCGCUGGCGUCGGAGCAGAUCUGCCACUAGCUUCGCCAUUCGUCUCAGCGUGCCCAUUGACCUUGACUUCAUCCUUCUCAGCAUGACCCGUCCAGAGCAGACCUCUACUUUCUAACUCCACCUGGCAUAACGCUACACGCUCCUCCAUUCUCUUGACCACGACAUCGUUUUCCGCAAUUGCUUCCUUGCACACAUCGUCUCCUUCGUCUGCGAAUUCCUUCAUUUGUGCGUUUGAGUGGAGGAGAUGGGAGAUGCUGUUUUGGAGCUCUGAUGCUUUAGCGUAAAGUGUGUCGAUAGGAAGGUCCUUGAUGGCGAGAGCGAACAUCUCGGGACUGAUCGGUGUCGAGUUUGAUGACAUGGUGUCGAAGGGCAACAGAUUCUCUGUUUGUGAUGGAUUUGGAGCGGUGUUCUGAGCAGCAGUGUUGUUGGCGGCGGCUGGGUAGAGUUCGAGCCACGGAGGGAGCGGUGAAGGCAUCAGCUAUGGUUUGUAGUAUGAAGGGUCACAUGUGCCUUGAGGAGAAAUGGACG